CUCCAACAGUAGCAGCUGCAAAGCGCCGCAUAAAUGUGCCUGUCGGGUCGGUCGCAUUUUGCAGAACUUGAGAAAUAUGGCUCCCCCGAACAGACGUGGGCCACCGAACCGUGGCCCAAAGCCGCAGAAAUUCAGCCUCAAACUGUUAGAAAAGUAUUUUUCUAAGCAAUACAUUCUCUCCCUCGUGUUCGACCCUCGACAAUUUUACGUCACAGCGCCAAUUUUUCUGCUUCUCGAGUUAGUUAUCAACUACUUAAUCAUCAACCGCGUUCCUUACACGGAAAUUGACUGGAAAGCCUACAUGCAAGAAGUGGAAGGCGUCGUCAAUGGCACUUUUGACUACACUCAGCUCAAAGGAGACACCGGGCCCCUUGUUUACCCUGCUGGCUUCGUCUACAUCUUCAUGGGGUUGUACUACAUCACUGACUUUGGCACCAAUAUUCGGUUAGCCCAAUACAUCUUUGCUGGCCUAUAUAUGGUUAACUUGUUGCUGGUUUUCCGUCUCUACGGAAAGAGCAGAAAGAUUCCACCAUUUAUUAUGGUGUUUGUCUGCUUGACUUCGUAUCGAGUGCAUUCGAUAUUCUCCCUCCGUCUGUUCAACGAUCCUGUAGCCAUGGUUUUGCUGUACGCUUCUCUCAAUCUCUUUCUGGACGACAUGUGGACGUUUGGAUCGGUUUUCUUCAGCUUGGCAGUCUCUGUGAAGAUGAACAUUCUGAUGUUCGCCCCGGCUCUCCUCAUUGCCUACAUCGCCAUCCUUGGCUUCAAGAAAACCAUUUUGCAACUUUUCGUUUGUGGUCUGAUCCAGGUGUUGCUUGCGGCACCGUUCCUGUUGACAAAUCCGGUGGGCUACAUCAUGGGUGCUUUCAAUCUGGGCCGAAUUUUCCUUUACAAGUGGACAGUAAACUGGCGCUUCAUAACGGAGGAGCUUUUUGUCAGCCGGAACUUCCACCUGUCCCUGCUUGCGUGCCAUAUCGCGCUUCUCCUGUACUUCGCCCCCACCUGGCUGACGUACUUGAAGAGCUACUGUCGGCUCAGCGUGCUUGAAUCGCAGGUGAAGGUGCAACUGAAGAAGAAGGAAAAGGCCAUGCUCAACACAAGCAGCUCAUCCCAGCUUUUCCUCGCGCCAUUUUUCGCUGCCAACUUCAUCGGAAUGGUGUGUGCGAGGUCGCUGCACUACCAGUUCUACAUCUGGUACUACCACACGCUGCCCUACCUGCUCUGGUGCACUCCAUACUCCAUGUGGACAAGGCUUGCCGUAAUGGGUGUAAUCGAGAUGUGCUGGAACGUGUACCCCUCGACGGACUGGAGCUCAGGUGCGCUGCACAUUUGCCACCUGAUCCUGCUGCUUGGACUGGUGCAAACGCAGUCCAACGUCUGCAAGUCGAUUCUCGACGCGGAGCCAGUGGUCUCGAGCACGGCUGCGACCGCGGCUGCUUCUGAACCCUCUGUCGAGAAAAAGAAGAAGAAGCACAAGAACUAUUGAAAACCGUGAUUUUGUUUUAGAGCAUGGUGCUCGAAUCAUUUUCGUCACUUGCUCGUACUGAUUGAUUUUAUAGUCAUUUGAAAAGACUUUGUAAAUAAUACCCUUUUGAAAUUUGCAUGAAGUGUUUGAAAGUGUUCGUGUCUAGUGUUUGUCUGUGUUAUUGAUCAGUCGCGUACAAAGUAGGAUUGCGUUCCCCGUGACCCCUGCUUAAUAGAUCGUGUUCUCAUGGAAUGAAAACCUUCGUGGUUUAGUGCAAAAGACAUUUUGUAACGCCUCUCGGUGUGGAUUUUGUAUUUUUGCAAUAAAUCCUACUCAAAUACACCGCUAAA